GAGUGCCCUCGCGUGGCAGUAUCUCGUCGCUCAUUCGCCUACGCGAUAAGGCGAAGACUAGCCGCCUGGAUUGUUCAUCACGAGGGCGCUUGGCUAUCCCCACGCCACACCACGACUUGACAUGUGAAUUCGCCUCAUGGCCAGAAGCUUACAGCGGCUAUUACGAUCCAUCUUGAUGAAUUCGGCAUUUGUUAUCCUGCUCAUGUUACCAUGGAUCAAAGACGAGAAUGCUCCGCUCCCCGAGGAUAUAGCGGUCAUUGUCUUAGACGGGACGUGGGGUACCGAGUUAGGAAAGCCGGGGUGGGGAAGACUUGUGGAUUCUGCCCUCCACAGUCCACACACUUUUUUGCCUCUUGCUCCAUUCAUUCUCCAUAUCGUGCUGUGGAGAUAUUGUGGGUUUUCUCGAGACCCUGAUGUACCUUUGACCGGUUUUCAGUGUUUUGAAAUGGCAUUUUCCGUAACAAGAAGCUGAUGGAGAGGUUGCGUCAUUAUGGAGACCAAAUGGG